CACCACUGGAGCUGAUAUGAAUCAGAAUAAUAUAGAGAGAUAUUUCAGUGGCUGUAUUUGGUUUGUUUUGUUUUUCAGCUCUGCUAGAUUGAACCAGAAUCAAGUAGGAUUGGUUCUUUUUGGAUGGUUUUUUGGCAGAGCAGACUGAUUUGAAUUUGAAUGGAUUAGCCACAAUACAACAACAAAAAAAAUGCAGCACUACGUUUCUAGAUUAUUUCUGAUGAUUUAAACCAUUUAGGCAUGAUAGUAAUGAUCAGAACAGGUGUGCUUGGCUGAAUCCCACUGCUUCUGGCAGCAAUGUGAAAGUCUGACAAAUGGAAAUUGCACAAAGCUGGCUUUAAUAACACAUAGCAAUGCUGGCUUUAAUAACUAAACCCAACACCUUCUGCUGCAGAGAGCUUCACACAUGUAACAGACACAGCAUGGAUUCCUGCUUUAGUUUGGCUCCUUUAAACCAUUUUGAUUCAAUGGUAAUGAUCAGAACAGGUGUGCUAGGCUGAAAGUUUGGAAACUGUGAAAGUUUGGACAAUGCUGGCUUUAAUAACAGAAAUAACACAGUUAGACAAGUAGAAAGCUUCACACACACCUUAGAGCUGACAAUCAACCAAAUUCAAAACCAAUUGUAAAAUAUUAAUUACUUCUGUGGCUUUUUAAUUACUGCAAUGGCAAAGAUUUAUGACUUAAUCAAGUAAUUCGAUUCGCUUUUAAAUCUCUUCUUUUAAUUCGGCUAAAUAAGGCCUGCGAUAUUAAUCUCUGCAAUAUCCGCAGCCCGUUAUGAAGUAUUAAAGGUGCAACAAAUGAUCAAUAAAACCUGUUCAAUAGCAAUUGAUGGUGGCCUACACGACCCUUCCAAUAUUGCUGACAUUUGAGAAAUACCCACCCGCAUCUACUCUUCAAUCAGAGGUCUUUGCAUCUCGAGGGUCUGGAGAUACUCAUGACCUUUUUGACAUGAGCACACAGUGUGCCAAAUGAACAAAUGCUAAUUAAAGUGAUGCAGUUAACACCCUAGUUGAUUGGUACUUGAUUUGCCAAGAAGUUCAGAGGCCAUUGGAUAUGAUACCCUGAGCUGGGGUUUGUUCAGCCUUCCGGACAGGGGGAUAUCAUUGUUUACUUUCAUUACAUCUGUGCAGUGAGCCGAUCUGACACGAUAAGGCGGUCCAUGACUUUUAAUAAAUAUCCAAUAUAUUCCACUGGGAGGUCUGGUGAUCAGCAUGAGAAGCAAGAUGACAAGAAGACAAAGAAAUGAAAGAGAGAGGAAAUGUUGGACAAGCACGUGUGUGUCCACACAGACAGUCACCCUUGGCAGAGAAAUAAAAGAUAAUAAUCCAUCAGCCAAGGAAGCAUGGAGGAAAAUUGGAAGAACAGUGAUGUGAAGUGUGGGGGGCAUUGCAAAGAAGAGACUCGAGGACAGAGACGUGUUGCAUCAGAGUUGAAGAUAUUAUUAAACAGAAGCAGAGAGACCGCUCACUCUGGGGGAUGUUGCUGACCGCAGAAAGAGAGGGAAAGAAGGAAAGGAAACUGAAAGGGAGGAGGGGUGUGGAAACUGAUUAUCCUGAAGCCGUGUCUUCACACGUGUAUCAUUAGAGCAAAUUAUAUAGAGAGAAAGACAGAUGCUGUUGCUGGCACGUGCUUAUGUGGCGCAGCAUAAAGCUGCUGUUUACAUGCUGUCCUACUGCUGCAAGCUUCCUGGAUCAGGGAUAAAUCUCAAAAACACACACAUACACACACACACACACACACACACACACACAGAGUUACACUCCAGUCAUAAGCAGAGACAGUGGGAAGCUGGAAGGAAUCUUAAUGUGCACACAGAUGUUCACUAAGGUUGACACAACAGAUAAAGGCAUGCACUCCAAAAGGAUAUUGGAUGAUUUCCAGUGAAUUAAAGUGGCUGGAAAAAGAGAGAGGGAAUGUGUGGAAGUGGAGGAGGGGGGAAAUAUAGUAAAGGAAAUCAGAAGCUGAGUGUACAGGGAACUGGAAAUUAGUAGCAGAGGCGUAGAAAUGGCAUUCUUCCUCCUAUGCAGUGCGGACUUGUGCAUGUUCUCACUCAGCAUUUUGCCACAACUGAACUUCUCAGUUCUUCCAGUCGCUCUUUCUGCUUCUCUGCCGUCAUCCUUAACUGACACACAACCUCUCUCCUUACCUCCUGUUAUACCUCCUCUGACAGUUCUAUAGAUGAUUUACCAUCUGAUAUACACUCACGCUUCUCCAUCUCUGCCUCUUCCCCACUCUCUCCAUCGCUCAGUCUCUCCUCUCCUCUCCCCUCCUCCUCCUUUCUCUCUCUCUGUCUUUCAGGCUCUCUUACUCAUUCUCUCACACCACCUGUUAGUGCAGACCUGUAAGCUUUGGAAUCCACUUGUUUAUGAGGGACUCAUUUACGCACGCAAUCAGAGCUCUAUGACGGUGCGUAAAGGAAAGAAACUCACCAUCUCCAUCCAGGAACACAUGGCCAUAGACGUCUGCCCGGGCCCGAUCCGACCAAUCAGACAGAUCUCCGCGUACUUCCCCCGUCUUUCACCAACCGGCGAGCCUAUCUCCCCACACCCUACUGCCUCUUCAGUGGCCCUUAGCCCUGGUCUCGGGGCUUCUGGAGUGGGGAGCAGCACACUCCUCUCCCCACUGCAGGCCGGGGCCAGGGGAGGUGGUGGAACAUUAUCAUUGUCCAGUAGUGUGGACACAUCAGUCGACAUUAACAGCUCUGACAGUGAUGACUGUACGGCUCUCGGGACAUUAGAAUUCGAACUGCGGUAUGAGAGAGCAACCAGCUCGCUUCACUGCACCAUCCUCAGAGCGAAGGGUUUGAAGCCUAUGGAUUUCAACGGCCUGGCAGAUCCAUAUGUUAAGAUUCAUCUCCUGCCUGGAGCGAGUAAGGCUAAUAAGUUGAAAACCAAAACUGUACGGAAUUCCUUAAAUCCAGUCUGGAAUGAGACUCUAACAUACAUUGGAAUCACGGAAGAAGACAUGCACAGAAAGACCCUGAGGUUAUCAGUGUGUGAUGAGGACAAGCUGACUCAUAAUGAAUUUAUUGGUGAGUCGCGGGUGGCUCUGAGGCGUGUGAAACCAGACCAGACAAAGCGCUUCUACACCUGCCUAGAGCAUCCACCCCCUCUUCCCUCACCAACAGCAAUGGGUGCGGCACUGCGAGGGAUCUCCUGUUAUCUCAGAGAAUGGGAACAUGAGCAGUUGCACAGUCUGGAGGAGAGAGGCCGUCUUUUGCUGUCGCUCCAGUUCCUGCCUCCAUCUGUAGAGGGAGAUGGAGAAGCCCAGCGAGGAGGUCUGUGUGUCGGUGUUCAGCGUUGUGCUCACCUCGCCGCUAUGGAUGUCAAUGGCUUCUCUGAUCCCUAUGUCAAAACAUAUCUGAAGCCUGAUGUGCAAAAGAAAUCAAAACAUAAAACGGCCGUGAUUAAAAAGACCCUUAACCCAGAAUUUAAUGAGGAGUUCUUUUAUGAGAUUUCUCUCACAGAACUGGUCAGUAAGACGCUGGAGGUCACUGUAUGGGACUAUGACCUGGGUCGAUCCAAUGAUUUUAUAGGUGGAGUAUGUCUGAGCUGUCACUCACAGGGAGAUGCUCUACGCCACUGGAUGGACUGUCUGAGGAAUAAGGGACAGAGGGUGGAGCGAUGGCAUGUCCUGACCAAUGAACUCCCUCAGAGCUCCUGCCAGGAGUGAGGAUCUUACAGGGGAUGUCAGUGAAUACUUAAUGCUGCAUGGAGUUAAAGAUGAGCACUCAGAGUGCAUUUGCGCACUUCAGACUUUGUGCACUAUAUGCUGUACGCGCUCAUCAUAUACAUAGUCAAUGCAUGAUCGAUAUUCAUGACCGGCACAAAUACUGUAUUACUUGAACACACCUUGCUCAUAACCAGGAGAGUUUAAGGGAUGGACUGUCAGUCAGUUGCCUUUUUAUUCCAUACUAAUUGCUGGACCUUACCUGUCAGUCUCUCCCUAUCAUUGCUGCACGUUUUGUAUACGUUUUGUAACAAUAAAAUGAAUUCUAAUCUUCUGAGAAUCCCAUGUAGCAUAUCCUUCUGAUUGGAUAUAAUAGAAAAUGUAUUUUAUUCUCAACACUUCAGUAAUUAGGAAAGACAUGCACUACAUUAACAGCCUGUAGGAAAACAAGCAAGGUGCCUGCAGUCAAAUUUAUAUCGUUUCAAAAUGACACAGGAAGCUUAAGGGUCAAGUUUCUCAUUAAUGUUUUUGGACACUGAAUGUAUUAAUUGGACAUCAGGACUGUUACUCAUAAACCAUCUCAGAACUGAUAAAAACUGGAGUGGAUUCCAGUCCUAAAUUAGCCUUCCUUCUUUCAGAACCCUUGUAAAUACUGGCACUCUCAUAUAAACACGACCAACCAUCUGUUUUGUAGCAUGAGGAAAUGUUUACAGCAUUAUAAAGCAUGCCCCAACAAUGUUUUCCAGGGCUGUAAUUCUUGUAAUUUUGAAGUCCCAUUUGCUAAUGAUAUUUAUAUGUUUGUUUUCCUUUUUUUUGUCUGGUCUGCAUGCCCAAUGGUGUGAGUGUCAGUUUAUAUUACUGUGUUAUUUGGAUAUUUAUUGAGUGUUGUACUUUUGAGGAUUUGUGAUUACUACAUUUGUAUGAAGUGUUUAUGUAAAAUUUGGAAAUACAAAUGAAUGCAUUGCUCUAAGGCUGCGCAUCGUUUCUCUGCAUCUCUAAAGAAUACCAAUUUGUACCUCUCUAUAUUGAGAAAUUCAGUGGAAAUCAAGUGAAGAUUGCUCUGUGUUUCCAUUUAUGUCACUGGCUGAGUUGUUCAGCAACACACUCUCAUUCUUACAGCAUGUAGUAUAUAAAACACAGGGAAUUUGCAGUAAUCACUGAGAUAAGGAUAGAGUAUAGCUGCGUCCGAAAUCGCGUACUGUGACAGUACCUACUGCUUGGCCAUUGAUACAGUAUGUAUUGAUCAGUAUAUGUAUCCGCCAUCUUGGCUUUGUCAUGUGACAACAUAAAAAGCGCCGAUGCGCUGCCUUCUGCCAUAUUUGAUUCUUCAGCUCUUCUGUGCCAGUCCCGUUGCCUUAUGGGAUAGCGCAGUGUGCAUCG